CUGACCGUUUGACUGCAGGCCUCAACAUGGCGUCCGUUUUAGGUGCGCGGUGCAGAAGUUUUCUCAAUAAAGUCCGAGUGAAUUCCCGGAUUUUAACAUCCCCAAGAAACCGAUUGAUUUUUAAUUGUAAAACUGAGCCACUACUUCCAAGGCAGUACUACCCUCUGAGAAAUCAACGUGCGUUUUACUAUGUAAAACCAAAGCAGAAGAAGGGACCGUCGCUAAAGGGAUGGCUUCUGUUUGGCGGGGGAAUGGUUGGUUUUGCGACCGCCGGCGUCAUCUAUUUAGGCCAACCAUUUGCAGAUGAGCCUGAUAAGCCUUCUAGAGACCCAUAUAAGAAUGAAUUGUUUCCACUUCAAUUUAUAUACAGAGCACGGGAUAGACUAUGGGAUUUUUAUGAGAUGUUUGUUGAACCUUCAAGUACCAAGUUAUUACCAGACCCACUACCAGAGCCUUAUAUUCAGCCACCGUACACCCUGAUACUGGAGAUGACAGAUGUACUUGUACAUCCUGAAUAUGAUAGAAAAAGUGGCUGGAGAUUUCGCAAGAGACCUGGGGUCGAAUUUUUCCUGAAUCAGCUAGCCCCUUUAUUUGAGAUCGUUGUUUUUACUCAUGAAGUUGGAUUUAGUGCUUCUCCUGUUAUUGAUGGAAUUGAUCCCCAUCAAAUGAUCAUGUACCGAUUGUUUAGAGAUGCCACAAAAUACAUAAAAGGGACACAUGUAAAGGAUUUAUCUGGUAUAAACCGUGACCUGAAGAAAGUUAUUGUUAUCGAUUGCAACAAAGCAGCCACAGAACUGAAUGAGAGAAAUGCUAUAAUCCUCAAGAAAUGGGAAGGCAACCCAGCCGAUACCACGCUAGUGGACUUGCUUCCUCUUCUUCAGACGAUUGCCACUUCAGGGGUGGAUGAUGUCCGUGCUGUCCUCGACUUCUACCGCCAAGAGGAUGACAUAGUCGCUGCAUUCAAGCGCAACCAGGCCAGGUUACGUGAGGCCGAGCAGGCCAGGUUACAAAAGCUUGAGCAGCAAAACAAACAAGGACGGUCCUGGGGUGGAAUGUUUGGGCGUGGUCUGUUUGGUAGAUCAGGAGGGGAUAAAUGAGUGCUCAGUCGAUGACUUCACUUCCGGCUUACAUGACGAACAAAUCGCCGAAUGAUCCGAAGGUACCAUAUAACAUAGGUGCUAGCAUACCCCUGGCGAUGAAUGACCAUUGGCGACAUGUUUGCCUUUAUACCAAGAUGAUGAGAGCCGAAACGAGAACGCGGACUUUUUAAAAUUCGGUAAAUUGAUGAUAACUUAAUGGAACUAUUGGUGUGUUCAUAAUUUCGUAUUACAGAGACAACUUGAGGUAACAAGCGGAUACCUAGCGUUCAUUGCGGACACGUGUACGUCUUUAAAAAAAAUACAGGAACUCCAAUGACUACAUAAGGAGAAGCUCAAUGGACACGAAAAACAGUAUGAUAAUAUAAACAUGGUUGCGAUAAAAAUAGCAUUGUUUUAAGGUGAAUACGAUCCUAUCCCAAGGAAGACUUCUCUGAAAUGUAAAAUAUGGCCCUGUCAUCCGCUAAUAAAGUAGUUUUCCCUGCC